CCGUAAUUGAGCGCGUAAGGACACGAGGGGCCAGUCCUAUUCCUCUCUGCUCGAAAGUGGUAACCUUAUAGCGUUGGUUGAAUUAAACGAGAUGCAAUCCAAACGUCAUUAAGAAGACUCCCUUCGAUACUAAAACUUGGACUCCUUUUUCCAGAGGCUGUUGCUUGUUCUUAUUGCGUCAAUUAAUCAUCCUAAUUCGGAGUACGAUGAAAAGUGCAUUACAUCUGUAAUUCCUAAUUUGCGGUGAAUGUUGAAGUCGGAAAAUAAAAUCUUUGACGACGAGAACCGGGAUAAAGGAAUUCCAGAAUGAUGAUGGCAAACUCAAACCCAGUGCCUAAACUGUACAGAUCUAUAAUUGAGGAUGUCAUUGAGAGUGUGCAUGAGAUUUUCGUUGAUGAAGGUAUAGAAGAACAAGUUCUCAAAGACCUUAAACAAAUGUGGGAGUCCAAGAUCAUGCAGUCCAAAGCAGUUGAAGGAUUUGUAAAUGAGACCUUCAAUCCUUCAAAUUUUGUUCUUCAGCUUCCCCCAAACUUUAACCAUACUCUACAGAAGUCAACAGCAUCAAUUGUAAUUCCUGCUGGUCAGAAUGUUCAAAACUUUACAUCAACUGAUGUGAAUACCCAAGAUUCUUUGGCUACAUUUAGACUUCAACCUGGUGUUAAUUAUCCAGUGCAAAUACCUGCUGGAGUGACAUUGCAGACAUCAUCUGGUCAUUUAUAUAAAGUAAAUGUGCCUGUUAUGGUGACCCGUGCCUCAGGAAAUCAGAGAGUUCUUCAGCAACCAGUUCAACCACUUCUUGACCAAAGAAAGCCAGUUGGUGGACAGGGCUGUGGUGUGCAAAACAACAUUUUUCCAAAUGUCUCUUCUCAAAGAAAUGAAACCAUGCAGCAAUGUUCUAGUGGUCAGGCUGUACAGCAGGUGUUGAUUGGACACACUGUAAACUCUAGACAGAUGGCAACACAGCAACAAGUUGUCCUUCAACCACAAGUGGCAAUAAAUCAAGUCAUACUUCAACACAGUGAUAACCCAAACAAUAAUCAGAGAGUCGAGGAAGCUCAAGAUUGUAACCUUAUACAGUCUAUUGCAGAUCCUACAUCUGGCUUUACAGUACAACCAAAUAAAUCAAACCAGGUUCUGAAUCUUCUUAUGGAGGAAAAUGAAAAUGCUACUCUCAAUUCUGAAAUAUUUGGACAAGAGCUCUAUGAUGAUGCAAAUUCGGGAAUUUCAGAAAGUGAAAAAGAGAUUGACUUUAAUACAUCAAAGGAUUACAAUUUUAAUGACCUCAAAGAUGUAAUUCAGAUUGAUGGUACCUAUGACUCUUCAUCGGAGGAAGAUGUAGAAAAUUUGAAAGAAGUUAUGGAAAAUGAAUUUCUUGGAAUUAUUAGCACAGAAGAUAUUAAGGCAUUAGAAGAGGAUGAUAGUAGCUGUACUGUGGAUUCCUCAAGUGUUGGUGAUGAUGAAGAGCCUCCGGAGGAGAUUAUAGAGGAGGAUCCUUUAAACUCUGAAGAUGAUGUAAGUGAGCAGGACAUUCCAGAUCUUUUUGACACGGAUAAUGUCAUUGUUUGCCAGUAUGAUAAGAUUCAUCGAAGUAAAAACAGAUGGAAAUUCUACCUUAAAGAUGGAAUAAUGAGCUUCAGUGGAAAAGAUUAUGCCUUCUCAAAAGCUAUUGGAGAAGCAGAAUGGUAAAAACCAUAUAGGAAAGCAGUUACUAUAAAUAUUUUGGUCAAAUCUGUAGUGUUCAAGAGAACAAAACAUUGUUGAAGUA